AUGGCAAAGGAUCGCUUUAGUGUCCUCCUAACCUGUAAUGCUUCAGGUGACUGCCUCAUGAAGCCUCUGGUGAUCUACAAAUGUAAAAGACCAAGAGCUUACAAGGGAUGUGAUAUGUCCAAACUGAAUGUCUACUGGGAAAAGACAAAUAAAGGCUACAUGUCCACGGAGUUAUCAAAGAAGUGGUUUGGUGAUUGUUUUGUUAAGGAUGCCAAAGAAUACUGCCAGAAGAAGAAUGUAUCCCUCAAAGUGGUGCUCUUUCUAGACAAUGCCCCCAGUCAUGCACGAUUUCUAGUAGGAAGUCACCCUAGCGUUGAGGUUGUGUUUCUUCCACCAAAUACAACCUCCAAAAUACAGCCACUAGACCAAGAAAUCAUAGCGAAUGUAAAGUUGCUGUACUACAAAUAUGUACAUGACAAGAUGAGGAAGGAAACUGAAGAAGUGAAGGAAAUUGCUGAAACUGUGAGCAGUAGCGAGGAAGAGGAGGGUACACCCCUAGCCGCCUCCGCUACUCCGCCUGGCUCACACACCGCCUCCGCUGCUCCGCACGACUCACCCACCGCCUCCGUUACUCCGCCUGCCUCACUCACAGCCUCCGCCUCCACUCCUCCUCCUGGCGUACCUUCAACCUCCACAGUGACUGUUACUGCCUUCUGGAAAAAUUAUAAUAUUCACCAGGCAGUCAAUUUCUUUGUAAAAGCCUGGGGAAAUACUACGAAAGCAACCAUUAGGCAUGCCUGGUCGGCACUCCUGCCACAACUCAAGUCUGCCGAGACGAAGAGACAGCAGCCAGCAGAGCUAAUGAACCAAGUGUUGGAAACUGUCCGCAGUAUCCCAGCCCCAGGAUUUCAAGAAGUGACUCGGGAAGGUUUAGAAGAAAUGAUGCAAGAAGGUAACACAAAUGACGUCGAGGAUCUCCUGGAGGAUGAAGAAGGUGGUGAGAGUGGUGAUGCAGCGAGUGAUGCAGGGGAGACCGAGCAGAGGAAAGUGAUGGCACAGAAUCUGUCACUCUUAUUGAGUGUCUUUACCAGCCUUCAAGAGAUGAUCCAAGACAUUGAGAGUGAAUCAGGUGAAAAGGAGCAAGUGAUUGGAGUUAUAGAAUCUAUUUCAAGGAAAUACCAGACGCAGUACAAUGAGCGAGUGACUGCCAGGCAGCAGUCACUCAUCACUCGCUUUCUUUCACAACGCCGGCCAGCUGAGGAGGACCAACAGAGAGAGAUUGAAGUUGAUGAAAUGCCUGAAGAUUUUGACUUUGCGGGGUUUGAUGAAGUGUUAGCGGAAGUGGGUGAACCGGGUGUGAGAGGCCACCAAGGGGAUGGAGGUUCAACGCAGUAG